AUGGCUGACUUCGCUAAUCAAGUAAGGGAAUUAGGCGGAGACGACGAAGAUAUUGCGUUCCUGAAGGACGUAGAUAUUGAUGCGUCGGAUUAUGAGCAAGGCCCGCAAGGUGUGGAUGUGGAUCUGACCUCUGAUGUUGCAAAGAUGUGGUCGUCGCUGAGUGGGAAGGGCCAAAAAGUGAAGUUUGAUGAUGAAGCUGGAAAAUCUAAAGCUGCAGAGCCAGAGGACAAGAAACUGGAUAGCAUCCUGGAAAAGAGAGAAAAGAAGCGAGAGAAGAAGGCUGAAAAGAAGGCUGAAAAGAAGGCCGCUAAACCUGAGAAAGUCAAGGCAGAAGCAAAACCUGAAAAGAAAAAGAAAACCAUUGAGAAGAAAGCCGAGCCUCAAAAACCUCAGCUGAAGCCUGCUGCACCCAAACAAAAGCCCAGUCGCUCCAUUGAACAAAUUCAGCACCCCGGUUCUCUACUUAUUGACGAAGAUUGGGAGACUUAUUUACGCACGGAUUACACUGAACACCGAAUCCCUAUUGACUUGAUUCCCGCUCUUGGUGAUAAAGCGAAAGAGUUGUUACGUAUUGAGAACGAUAUCUACCAGAAGCAACAAGAGUCGAGCCGUGAUUUCUCCACUUCGGCUGAAUUCUUACGGUCGGGUACCUUUUCAGAUCAACUGGGCACUUUGUCGAUUCUUGUCACAAACUCGCCCUUGCAUUCGCUCAAAUACAUGGAAACACUUUUGCAAAAGUGCGAAAUCAAGAAUCGCGAGAGUGCAUGUAGAGCUUUAGAGGUUACCAAGGAUCUGUUGGUGAACCAUGUCUUGCCGGACCGUCGCUUGAAUUGGUUCCGAAAUCAACCGGCUUUGGGGCUAGACUCGGUCGAGCGUCUCAUUGCUCUUUCCUACGAAGACUGGCUAAAGAACUACUUUUUCAGAAUUCUGCAGGUCAUGGAAAAACUGCUCAGUGACACCGUCGAAAACAUUCGUUUGCGUACUCUCCACUGCCUGUUUGACUUUUUCCGCCUGAAGCCUGAGCAGGAAACUAAUCUGCUACGACUUGGAGUUAAUAAAUUCGGCGAUACUAGUGGAAAAGUCGCUUCUCGUGUCAAGAAGUUGUUGAACGACACUCUUCAGGUUCAUCCUAGUAUGAAGGGUGUUGUCGCUAUUGCUAUUGCAGAGCUUCUAAGCAGAUCUAAUGAGUACCGUACGAGGUACUACGCGGUUGAUUCGUUGAGUGAGUUCAUUUUGAGCCAGAAGGACCCCCAGGUUCCUAACCAGCUCGUGCAGAUCUACCUCAAUCUUUUCGAGCGACUGCUCAGUGAAUGGGAUCACGACAAUAAGAAAGACACUGAAGAGAAGAAGCCGAAGAUCAAUGCCAAUAAAAAAGGAAGACGGCCCCUACGUGGUAAAAAGGGUGGUAUUCGUCAAGAGAAGAAAACCGCUUCCCAGGCAGAGGAUGAGCAAAAUUCCCGCUUGGUUGCAAAGAUUUUUACGGGCUUAAAUCGUGCAUUCCCAUUUUCGCAGCUGGAUCCCAGUGUGUUUACUGGCUACAUGGAUACGCUAUAUCGUAUGAGCCACUCUUCGAAUGUCAGUACUUUCAUUGAGGCUCUCAAUUUCAUCCAUCAGCUCGUCAAGGUUGGUCAAGGAUCCGAUGGUGACAGAUAUUAUCGCACACUCUACGACAGCUUGCUUGAUAACCGUCUGUACUCGUCAUCAAAGCUAGCCAAGUAUCUGGUUCUUGUUCUCAAGUCUCUUGUUAGCGAUUCAGAUAAAACCAGAUCACAAGCCUUUGCUAAGCGGCUCAUUCAGACUGCUUGUCAGUGGCCUGAGAUUGGUGCUGUUGCUGCCCUUUGUUAUGUUGCAUCGCGCACAAACGGUGUCGAGGAUCUUGUUAAGGAUGGAGCACAUGAGAACGUGUAUGAUACUAGACAGCGUGACCCUAAAUUUGCUAAAGCUGAUACCACCAGACUUUGGGAGCUUUCACUCGUCGCAAACCAUUUCCAUCCUACGGUUGCCGUGUAUGCCAACAAUAUUCUGAGUACUGACCCUCAGCCUUUGGACAUGCCAGCUAUCGAUCAGUAUACAGUGGCGAACUUCUUGUCCAAAUGGUCGUACAAAAAGCCCAAGGAGAAAGAAAACUCCAGAGGUGGAUCCAUUUUCCAACCUCUUCCAGGUUUCACUGAUCUCACACUCGGUGUUCGUACAGAGGGCGGGCAGCAAGCUGCACCCAUUCCUGUUCAAGAUUGGACUAACAAAUCUAUGAAUGAAGUGGCACCAGAUGAGCUAUUCUACUUGGAAUUCUUUAGCAACAAGUCUAAACCGAAGCCCAAGAAAGAGAAAAAGCAAGCUGCUGAAAAUAGUGAUGAUGAGUGGGCUGAUGAAGAUGAGGUCUUUGAUGCUAUCAUGAAGACCAACCCUGACGAGAUGCCCAGUGACGAUGGUGACAUGGGAUUCAGUGAUAUGGAGGAUGACGACGAGGAUCUUGAGGAGAUGAAAGCUGCUAUGGGUAGUGACUCUGAUCUCGAUGCAUCUGACAUCGAAGGCAUGGAAGAGGCAUUCGCCGAGGAUUCCGACGAGGAUGAACUUGUUGCCGACUUUGCGAACGACGUUUCUGACAUCGAUUCAGACGAAGAGAUUGAAGCUGAUACAAAGUCUAAAAAGAAGAGUAAACGGAAGCGGGAGUGGGCUGAAUUCCCUACGUUCAUGGAUGCGGAUGCAUUCGAGGAGACUUACAGCAAAAAGUCCAAAAAAUAA